AUGGCUUCAUCGAAGGGAAUUGCUUUGGCAUUACUUCUCUUCUUCGCUUUGGUGCUAAUUUCAGUUCCUUCCACAUCAGCAGAGGAAGAGAAGAAGGAAAAGCAAUGCAAGAAGGAUGGAGUAAGUUUUCAUUGUCACGGUACGUUGAAGAAGGCGGCCUUGGGUGAAAAAUUAGAUAAGGACUGCCCAGGUUGCUGCAAGUACCUUAAAGAGGUUGAUGCUACUAAAGCCGCUACAUGCCUUUGCAAGGCUGUUCCUGAUAAAUAUAAGGAAUCGGAAAAGAUUGCUGAUACUUUGACCUCAGUGCUCAAGACCUGUGAGAUCAAUUGCCCAAUCCCUGCUGGCUACAAGUGCUCAAAAGAUUAG